UGCACCCUUCCCUCGCGUUCCUUGCCCUCCUCGACCUUCAUAACUCUUUUCGUCAGCAUAAUUAAGGAAACGAACUGAGCCUUACGGCAUGCCUCUUUGUGCUAUUCGCGGUUCCGUCAACUGCGAUGAAUAUUUCAAUGUGAAGUCCAUCGGCCGUCCAGGCGAGACUAUCUCCUCCUUCGGCUACACCAAAGGCAUCGGUGGCAAGGGCGCGAACCAGGCUCUCGCAGUCGCGCGCGCUGGCGGCGCGACCAAGAACGACGUCCACUUCGUCGGCGCUGUGGGCUCCGAUGGCAAAUGGAUCCGUGAGCAGCUCAGCGCGUGGGGCAUCAACGUCGAUCAUCUCGCGAACACGGGGGACGCGCCCCCCACGGGGCGCGCGCUGAUCCAGGUCGCGGAGGAUGGGGAGAAUUCGAUAUUGCUCUUCCCCGGGGCGAACUUCGACGAGUCUUACGAGGACAAGACGCCUUCGGCAUCCUACUUGCCCGCCGGGACCACACACCUCUUGCUACAGAACGAGAUCACGCUUCGGAGCACCCUCACCGCGCUUGCUGCUGCGAAGGCGAGCCCAAUCACGCCAGUAGUCACAGUUUUCAACCCUUCGCCCAUGCCGCUCCCCGACCAGCUGAAGUCCUUCCCCUGGCACCAAAUCGACUGGCUCCUCAUCAACCAGGGCGAAGGGCAGGAGCUGUACUCCAUCCUCCAUGGGAAGAAGGAGACUGGCUCCGUUGAGGCAUUGCUCAAAGACCUCACCGACCUUCCAACUUUGUCGAAGACGAACAUCAUCUGCACCCUCGGUGGCGAUGGCUUGGCUGCGUGCGUUCUGGAAGCUGGCAAGCGGAGAAUAAUCCGCCUCCCUGCUGCGAAGAUCACGGAGAUUCGAGAUACCACUGGAGCGGGUGACACGUUCACGGGAUACUUUGUGCGAGGUUUGAUGGAGCUGGAGGAGGCGAAGGUAGCGGCAGAGGGGGACGCGCUGGAAAAGGCCUUGACGCGCGCGAUUCAAGCGGCAGGGAUGUGCGUUGAGAAAAAGGGGACUGUCGCCAGCAUACCAUUACGAGAUGAUGUGGAGAAGAGGCUAGCGGUAGCAUAGUCUCAUCAAUCAGAAGUGCUGAACGCAAGAGG